GCCAGAAAGGCAAAUUAGCUGGCUAAGCUGGCUAUUACUAGUAGCUUUGCACACGAAAUCGACACGAGGAGCGCGGCACGCGAGCAUCAGGUGGUGCCGUGGUGGUGGGCAUCGGCGCGGCGGUGAUGUGCAACGGGCGGGAGUGCAAGCGGGAGUCCGCGUUCCGCGCGGCGUCGCUGCUGCGGGAGCGCGACGCCGCCAAGGGCGAGCAGCAGCAGCGGCAGCCUUCGGUGGACGGGCGCGGCCGGCAGGCGACGGAGGCGGAGGCGGAGGCGGUGACGAUGUCGAGGGCGAGGGCGAGGGCGAGAGCGAGAGCGUGGGAGGCGGAGGUGCGGAGGCGGCACGCGGCGGAGACGGAGAUCAUGAAGACGGAGAAGAUCAUGCACCUGCUGCUCUGGGGGCCCAACUGACGGCGAUCCGGCCUGUCUCGUGUCUCCUCUGUGCCCCGGGAAGCUAGGUUGCAUCGUACCAAACCGUUUGUGUGACGGGGCUCUACCGCUCUAUGGCUUGGCAACUUGGCAUACUUGUUUAUUUGUUUCUGUUACUUGGCAAAGCUGCUCAAUUAUUUGGUUCGCUUACUCCACAAGCUGCACGAUCACGUUGCUUGGCAGAUUGCGAUUUGUGUUAGUGUUUCUUCCUUUGUUUAGGUGUUUAUUACAGAGAAAAUUAGCUCAUCUUCUCAAAUAAAGAAGAGAAAGGAAGAGAAAGUUCAUUUAGGAUUGUGACUCGUGAGAUACGGGCCAGGUAUGCCUGACCACAUGCUAUGUGUACAUGCGUGACGUACUGAAGCAAAGUCAAUAAUAAAAAGGGUAUAAGGAGAUGGGGUAUAAAAUUGCCUAUGGGCUUUUGCUAA